CGUCGUAGCAGUCCCCGCCGCAUUCGCAUUCAGUUUGUUUGACGUUUACCCAGCACUGUUUAGCAACGAUUGUUUUCUUUGUUUUAGUUAAAUGAUUUCCUUGUGCAGCAGAUUAAAGUGCAAGAAUUAGAAAGCAUCAGAAUCCAAUUGAUUGAGUGUGGCUUUCGUCUGUUUUCAUAGUGAAUAGGCAAUUGUGGGAGAUAGCGUACGAAAACGACGGUCAAGUUAGGCUGGCAAAACAAUACAUCACAUAUCACACACCCAUGUAUCAACAAACAUAAUGACUCACUGGUGUUUGACCAAUGGCGGAAACAAGUCUGAAGGAGUGUCCGUACCUGCGUUCGCUUCCGCAUAGAUAAACGCACCAUAUCUCUUGCUCUAUGCUGUGAGCGUCAAGUGUACGGGAUCCCGUUUUUCCGCAACAUCACUUCCGCCAGUGGAGCAUUUCGUCGUUCGCGAGUGCACGUCACAUGAUUGCAGGCUGCAACCCAAGGCGCACAGGCGACGGGAGGAGGGCAAAUCCGUUCCGUUUUUCCCGUGCGAAUUUUUUGCACCCGAUGCGAAAUGGGCAACUGCCUCAAAGGAUGCCUUUCCGACGACACCAACGGGGGGAUGAGGUGAGAAAAAACAACAAACCUGAAUCCGCACACGGAUGAAUGCAAGUGAUAGUCAGUACGAGAUCCUGAUCGAGGGAAUGCAGCCCACGGACGGGCACCCGGAUGAGGGUGGUGAGUUGCAAGAAGCAAUAAAAAUCAAAUCAAAUAGAAAAUCAAACUUUUUCAAGAAAUUCUGUACGAAAACGAAUGUAGACUAUGCAAGACUGAACAAAGCAAAAAACAAUAAUUUUUCCAAGCGCAUUGCCACCGCUGGCAGCACAAGCAAACAUAAUCAGCAUCCAAAAUCGGGAUUGGACAUACAACUGCAGUGCCUCGAUGCACAUUCUUUGCUGCUCGUGUCGAAGGAUGGUCAUCGGAAAACGAACAACGGUUACAACGAUCUGCAAACGGACCAAACCUCCACUCCUGGCAGUUCGCUCGAUUUGGAGUGGGAAAACGAUUACGGCUAUCAGCACAGUCAGUGGUUAUCGCAGGAAGACGAUCAACCGGAAGCUCCACACUUGCAAAGUUUCCCUGCUUCGGUUCAAGAAUCGGUAUUCAAGAUCGAGGAGUGGUCAACACUGAAACGCAGCAAGGACCGUAUCAAUGCACUACGCAAGCUAGACCACCAACACCAACAACCUGCGCAGCAUCAGGAGGCCCAAGGCAGUGGCAGUCGGUCCCGCCUGAUCCACUCCACCAACUCCCCCGGAGCGGCGGAUGACGUUACCGGAUCACUGGAAUGCAUUUCUCGGCCAGUGCCACCGGGUGGCCGUGCAUUUCCCUCCUUGGAACAGCAUCAUGCAGCUAGUCUGACGAGCGUGGACCGAAUGAUACACGGUGGAUCGUCGGACCUUUCGCACAUAUCAUCGACGCCGGAGGGUUCGCUGGAAUGGGACAUCGAUCAGGAUCGGCAGCUGAAGUCGGAAAACGAAUCGCUCGAUUAUGACACCAAGGAGUUAUUGUUGGAGAUUGAGCAGCUUAAAAAUCGUGUGCUCAGCGAAACUGGCGCAACGCUGAAAGAUGAUGAGCUGCCGAGCAGCUGAUCGGACGGCAGCGCAAAUGGGGAUUCCGAUUUUGAUGAUUAGAGUGUUCCCCAUGCAGAAGGAGACAGAACUUGAUCACGUUGGAAAGAACGUAUCGUAGCUAGUAAGCAUUGUAUAGUAGUAGAGCUGCAGAAAAUAAGUAUAUUUAUUGCAUGUUUGUAUCAAUGUAUUAGCACCAACGUGAAACAUGUAGAGCGCAUAAUAGCAAAUAACUGAACCACAAGUGUAUAUUUCAACCCCCCGUUACACCACACCUAUAUAACUAGUCGUCGGUGCCGUUUGUUUAACAAUCGUUUGAAUUUUCCUGUUACAAACAAUAACAAAAAAAAAAACAACACACUUCUUCGAUCGUGUUGUUGUUGAAUGUUAGCGCUAGCGCGAUGGUCCUUCAAAAAACCAUCAUUUGGUGCCGAUUUCCCGCUUUUCUACUAGACCGCUAUCCAUUGUCGAUCGCUAUUUAUAUACACCAAUUUAUACAAUGAUAACUAGACAUGCAUUUUGCCUCGAUCGUUUUAGCACCAUUGUUUGUGAGCGGAUAUCGCCCUCGUAGCGGUGAUUUACGGUGAUUAACUAGAGUGUCCUUCCCAGUUUUCCGAUAGUUGGUAUUGUCAUGUUAAAGGUUUUAAUUUUAAACUAUUAUCGUAACGGACUGUUGCCAGCCGGGGGUAAGAGCGGGCACGAAACUCACCAGCGGAACACAACAAUAACAAUGAAAUGUGUGCAUUUGUUGGCCUCUGUUGUACGGAGUGCAAAAUUAACUGUAUGAAGUAUGAAGUAUGAACGGAAUAUAUAUACAUAAAUACAUAUUUAAAAAA